AUGGGAGACAUGGGAGAUCCACCAAAAAAAAAACGUCUGAUUUCCCUGUGUGUUGGUUGCGGCAAUCAAAUUCACGAUCAGUAUAUUCUGAGGGUUUCUCCGGAUUUGGAAUGGCAUGCGGCAUGUUUGAAAUGUGCGGAGUGUAAUCAGUAUUUGGACGAGAGCUGUACGUGCUUUGUUAGAGAUGGGAAAACCUACUGUAAAAGAGAUUAUAUCAGGUUGUACGGGAUCAAAUGCGCUAAGUGCAGCAUCGGCUUCAGCAAGAACGACUUCGUGAUGCGCGCCCGCUCCAAGGUGUACCACAUCGAGUGUUUCCGCUGCGUGGCCUGCAGCCGCCAGCUCAUCCCCGGGGACGAGUUCGCGCUGCGGGAGGACGGGCUCUUCUGCCGCGCGGAUCACGACGUGGUGGAGAGGGCCAGCCUGGGCGCCGGCGACCCGCUCAGCCCCCUGCACCCGGCGCGGCCGCUGCAAAUGGCAGCCGAGCCCAUCUCCGCCCGGCAGCCGGCCCUGCGGCCCCACGUCCACAAGCAGCCAGAGAAGACCACCCGCGUGCGGACUGUGUUGAACGAGAAGCAGCUGCACACCUUGCGGACCUGCUACGCCGCCAACCCCCGGCCCGACGCGCUCAUGAAGGAGCAACUGGUGGAGAUGACCGGCCUCAGUCCCCGCGUGAUCCGGGUCUGGUUUCAGAACAAGCGGUGCAAGGACAAGAAGCGGAGCAUCAUGAUGAAGCAGCUCCAGCAACAGCAACCCAAUGACAAAACUAAUAUCCAGGGGAUGACAGGAACUCCCAUGGUGGCUGCCAGUCCAGAGAGACACGACGGUGGCUUACAGGCAAACCCAGUGGAGGUGCAAAGUUACCAGCCGCCUUGGAAAGUACUGAGUGACUUCGCCUUGCAGAGUGACAUAGAUCAGCCGGCUUUUCAGCAACUGGUCAAUUUUUCAGAAGGAGGACCGGGCUCUAAUUCCACUGGCAGUGAAGUGGCGUCGAUGUCCUCUCAGCUCCCAGAUACACCUAACAGCAUGGUAGCCAGUCCAAUUGAGGCAUGA